CUUACGUACAGUGAGUCAGCCUCUCUGAAUUCGCCCAGGUACUUAAAAUCGAACGUAACAGGCGAUUCAUUAGAGAAAGUUCAAAAAACUUUAUUAAUGGCGAACAGAGCUCAAAUCCCCACUAGCAACUCAGCUCUUAUUGCAAUGAUUGCCGACGAGGACACUGUGGUUGGUUUUCUGCUGGCUGGCGUGGGUAAUGUUGACCUGCGGAGGAAGACAAAUUAUCUUAUUGUAGACUCAAAAACCACCGUUAAACAAAUAGAGGAUGCCUUUAAGGAGUUCAUGACAAGAGAGGAUAUUGCUGUUGUUCUGAUUAGCCAAUAUGUUGCAAAUAUGAUAAGGUUUCUAGUGGAUAGCUACAAUAAGCCUGUUCCAGCAAUUUUGGAGAUUCCAUCUAAGGAUCAUCCAUAUGAUCCUGCACAUGAUUCUAUCCUUUCACGGGUUAAAUACCUCUUUUCUGCAGAAUCAGUGGCAUCUGGGAGGCGUUAAAUGCCAGAUGUACACUUAUAUCACUUCUCGAUUGCUUCAUGUUCCUAUUCCUUUGCGCAUUGUAUGAUAUAAAUUCCUUUUCCCGAGAGUUGGUAAGGGGUUUUCAUCAUAAUUUCCUCUAGGUACAGUAUGCAUCUGUUGUUCUAAGAUAUGCUUUUAUGGCCUUUUGAAUUGAAUAAUUAUGUUUGAAGAAACUUUUGGAG